AUGGAUCUAACCAGUAAAGCCAAGAGACUGUUCUCUCCGCGCACAAUCGACCCGACGCUUCCUACCCAAGUCUCUGGCCAAAUGGAUGAGAACGACGAGUUACUCAAGACCAAGACCAAGCGGCAAAAACGUACAUUCACCUCCGCGUGCCCUAGGUUCAAACAGUUCCUCAAGUCUUAUCUGCCGUCCAGCAAACCGAGAUGCGAUGCUCCUACACUGCCAUGUAAGCUACGACGCAGCUUCACGCCAGCCAAAAAGAACGAGAACUUCCAAAGAAAGGUAGAUGUCUCCAUAUGGGAUGAAGGUCGCUCUCAAUGGUCCAGAGUCAACACGGGUGUUGUUCUAGUGGAUACGCAGAGCAAGUACAACUUGAUCACUCCCCAGUUUCUCAGGCACCGAGCCAAUCAGAAUAACCCUCGGAAACAAUACUGA